GUUAGAAUGUUUUGGUUGGAGAUGAACUAAUGGACGAGCAUUCGAUUCUAAUACACAGUGAUUAAUCGAUAAGAAGAACUUGUCAAGGUUUAUUGUGUAGACAUUCAAGAUGCUGGUUCCUAUUUUCACCCUUGAAUUGAACCACAAAGUGAACCCUCACAUGGUGACAAUAGGGAAGUAUGAUGGCACCCAUCCUUCUCUCACCUGUGCAACCACUGCAGGGAAGGUGCUCAUCCAUAGUCCCCACACACGUGGUCAGCGUGGCAUGGGUCCGAUUGUGGCUAGCUCAGAGAAUGACAUCAGUCUCCUCAACAUCAACCAGCAAGUGUCAUCAGUGUGUGCAGGAAAACUACACACCAGCAAUAUGAACGAUGUACUGGUGGUCGGCACACAGACAAAUCUCAUUGCCUAUGAUGUGGACAAUAACAGUGAUCUCUUUUACAAAGAUACUCCUGAUGGAUCCAACGCUGUGGUCAUUGGCCAGCUGGGCACCAUCAGCACACCGCUAGCUAUAGUGGGUGGAAACUGCUCCAUACAGGGAUUUGACCAGGAUGGCAACGAUUCAUUCUGGACUGUGACUGGUGACAAUGUCUGCUCUCUUGCUAUGGUGGACUUCAACAAUGAUGGACAGAAUGAGUUGAUUGUUGGCUCAGAGGAUUUUGAUAUCCGAGUGUUCCGAGAGGAUGAGAUUAUUGCUGAGAUGACAGAAACAGAGGCCAUAACAUCUCUGUGUCCAAUGACUGACAGUCGGUUUGGUUAUGCUCUGGCUAAUGGGACAGUGGGUGUGUAUGACAGGACAGCCAGGUACUGGAGGAUUAAGUCCAAGAACCAGGCGAUAGCCAUCCACAGCUUUGACCUUGACUCUGAUGGAGUCCCAGAACUCAUCACUGGCUGGAGCAAUGGCAAGGUUGAUGCCCGGAGUGAUAGGACAGGGGAGGUAAUCUUCAAGGACAACUUCAGCUCAGCAGUGGCUGGCAUUGUGCAGGGGGAUUACAAGAUGGACACAAUGGCCAACUCAGAGCAGCUCGUCUGUGUGUCUGCAGAUGGACAAGUGCGGGGGUACAAUCCAGCUCCGGAGGACAUGGGGGGCAACUUGAUGGACACAAAUAUUGAGCAGGACACAAUCCGAGAGCUGAGUCAGAGGAAACAGAAUUUGUUGUUGGAGCUUCGGAAUUAUGACGAGAACAUGAAGACUGCUGCUCAGGGUGUGACUGCCGCCUCUGCCGCUGCAAGUGCCACCUCAAUAGCUAAAGUGGGCAAAGUUGGUGCCAAGAUUGGGGAGUACGAGAGCUCUCAGAUGGGAGUCAUUCCGGCCAACACCCAGCUGCAGACAACACUGGCAGUGUUCACAGGAGAGGAGGGCAAACAUCCUCAUGUUGAGUUGAUCAUCAGCACAACUAAUGAUACAAUCAUCAAAGCAGUGCUCAUAUUUGCUGAGGGAAUCUUUGAAGGAGAAAGCCAUGUUGUUCAUCCAAGCACCAACUGUCUGUCAGGGAAUCUUAAAGUCCCCAUCGUUCCCCCAAAAGACGUCCCAGUAGAUCUACACAUCAAGGCACUUGUCGGCUACAAGAUCAGCUCCCAGUUCCAUGUGUUUGAGUUGAGUCGUCAGCUGCCACGGUUUUCAAUGUAUGCAUUCUGUGAAACAUCAGUCCCAGAACCAAAAAGCUCUGUCACCCUACAAGUGAAUGACAGAAUACCUAGGUUGCUUAUGUGGAUCAACCAGAACUUCCUCCUGCAUGAAGACUUGACAUGUGAUGGCGAUCUCGAAGUUGCCUUCAUGUGUCUACGUGGUGGAGGACCACUCUUCUUAAGGAUGAAUCAGACAGGACAGAUAGUGAUAAAGACAGACAACAUGGACCUCGCUGGUGACAUCAUCCAGGCCCUGGCUGUCUUCCUCAACCUGGAGGACCUCAUGUCCACAGCAGACUUCCCGGUUGAGAUGGACAAUCUGGAGCAGAUCCUCAAGAAGGUCAAUGAGUACCACACAGUGAGACAGAAGCUGACAGCAGAGAUGGCCGAUCACUCUAACCUUAUCAGGAGCAUGGUGGUCAGGGCAGAAGAUGCUCGCAUUAUGGGAGACAUGAAGAGCAUGAAGAAAGGCUAUAUGGAGCUGUUUGAUCUGAACCGGGACUUGAUUAGUGGCUACAAGAUCCGCUGCAGCAACCACCAGGAACUGGUGUCCUGUCUGAAACAGGUCAACCAGAUCAUACAGAAGGCUGGGAGGCUGAGAGUGGGCAAAUACAAGACACAGAUUGUUAAUGCCUGUAGAGCAGCUAUAAAAAACGACAACGUGAAUGGACUGUAUAAGAUCAUUCGGGCAGGAGCAGCAUAACAUCCAUCACAGUGACCUCAGCAACAUCGUCAGUGACAGCAGGAACACAGAGGUGUAUCAGAAUAUACAGUAGGCAGGAAUGUUGAUAUAACUGAGAUUGCACUGUCAAUAUAGCAGUGUCUGUGGAGUGAUCUAUCAACAGCAGUGUCUACAGAGUAAUCUUGUCAACAGCAGUGUCUUCAGAGUGAUAUAUCAACAGCAGUGUCUUCAGAGUGAUCUAUCAACAGCAGUGUCUAGAGUGAUCUAUCAACAGCACUAUCUAUGAUGCUCUGUUAACAGCAGUAUAUACAUUGCUCUGUCAACUGCAGUCUGCAGAAUAUGCCGUCAACAGCAGCUUCAACUGUGAUGACUACUUCAUUGUCACAAUCUGCUGAUGAACGCAAGAAUUAUUUGUUAAUUAUGUUGUGGACUUUAUAAAACGUCAUCAGAUAGUAUUGAGAGUUAAGGGAAAUACUUCCUCUUGAUCAGCCAAGAUUACUAAUGAAGAAUUGCAGAUCAGUGUAAACACUUAUAAAUGUGGCAUAAGGAAACCUCACGUCAGUUUCAAGGUGAACAAAACAUAAUUCACCUAUGAUAGUGUAUAGGUAUUUUUGUUUUGUUUUAAGUACACUAUGUUGAUCCUCAUUAUGCACUGACGUCAUAUCCAGUCAGAUUCAAGAUACCCUGGGUUAUCUCCUCAUCAGUGUUAGGUGUAGACAUACAUUCAUUGUUCACUUACACAACCACUUAAAAUUCUCAUUUGUCAUGCUCUGAAUUGGCAUUAGGCUGUCCUGUACACAAGAACUGUUUUCAGUCAGCUUUGGAUUGCAAGGUUUUGUUUUGGUGAUAAAAAUAGUCAGAAGAUGUUUGUAACAUUUUCCCAGAUUAUUCCACAAUAUUUUCAUCACCAAAACUAUCAGCCAUGUUUUAUCAACAUACCAGUUUAAGUUGAUUGUUCACUGUCAGACACAGUUUUAUACCAACAGGAUAUCGCUGACUUCUUUCUCAAUAUGUUUUCUACUUAUGCUGCCAUGCUGUUACUCAUGAAAUACAACUUUUUAUUUAUUUUUUUACAACAGGCAACAACAUUUGUGUGAAUACACAAUGCCAUAUAGAAAGUGGUUUGGGAUUACAGUAACAUACAUCCCAAAUAUAACAAAUGUUACAUUUGACCACUUCCUAAAUGGCAUUGUGUAUUCAUAUCUUUCAGCCAGGGUAGCCAUGCCAUAUAACAGGUGUCAGAGUGGUACACAAGGUAUGUGAUCUAGACUACCAGUUGCCAGACUUUCAUUUUUGUGGAGGCCAUGGUGGCUGAGUGAGAUGGCUGACUUUGUGUGCUGGCGAUUAGGUACCUGACUCUGAGAGUAUUGUUUCGAAUUCCAGAUGGUACUGAAUAGAACAUUUGCAACACUUGUGUGAUGUGUUCAUUAAUCAGCGGAAAUAAUUCCUAUUUUUGAUGGUUGAAAUAUUCAUUUCACCUACCAUCAAUGGUACAUGUCCAAGUUACGCCUCUUCUGCAUGUAUGUUGAGCAAGUGUUGAUAUACAAGGAUAUACUUAUAUAUAUGUAUAUACAUGGCCACUGUGUUUUUUUAGUCUAUAUUUUGAUAUUGUAUAUACUGCACAGCAAUGAAUCCGUCCUCAUGAAACUUGUGUUUUGAUUAAUAAAUUCAUUAUCUCUACCCAUGAUGUCUCUACAUGGAUCUGGGGCCAAAUGGCCAUGUUGUCGGUGCAUUCCUUUGGCACACCAUUAACCAGUGAUCACAAGUUCGAAUCCAGCUUGCCCAGAAUAUGUUUCUACGUUUGUCAGCACUUAUGUUCGGGGAUUUCAUGACAAUGAUGCCUAAAAGCUGCAUCACCUCAGUGUUUCCUGAUGCAUUAAGCUGAGGUAACAUCAUAUAGCUGACAUACCAUUAGAAGGAGGGUUGAAUCCCACUCACUCACAUGGAUCUGAACCACAAGGGGAUCCUAGUUAAUGGUAUAGAUUCCCUGCCACCUGUGGUUGUGACUACACUGGUCAGGUGGACAGACUGGAUAACUUUGUUGGAAGCAAAUUACAUGGAUUUAUUCUCAUGAUGUCAGUCACAGGAUUGUUGUGUCCUGACUUGUCCACCAACUCUCCUACCACAAACACACAACACCCAAUGGUUGUUUCCACGGCAGCUACACACAUGGCAUAGUUGUUCAUAGUUGCACUUGUGAAAUGUUUGUGGUCGGGUGACAAAACUGUACCAAAUAAAUAGAUUUCUAUGUAUAAACGUGGGAUAAUGUCACUCUGUAUGGGUAAUAAGGUGUGUGUGUUUUAACCCCAAA